AUGGUUAUGGAAAUAAGGAAAAGCAACACCAGAGAAGACUGGAAAGAAGUUGCAAUGAUUAACGUCACAGGACCCUACAUCCUGAAAACAUAUCAGAACUUGGAAAUUUAUUUUAUCACUUCUGAUAAAUGUUAUCCUGAAUCUGAGGUACUUCUAUCAUGCAAGAUAGAGAUUUUUGUGUCUCUAAUUCUGAGCAGAUGUGCAAUUGACCAAAACCUCUACUCCAUCUUCCGAUGUAGAGUGUCAAACGGAAUUGAGAUUUUCAAAAGUCAAGAAAAAAGUAUCAUAUCGACUAAAGGUCUAUCUCCGAAGAAAAUUCAAUACUUAACUAUUAUUAAAAGCAGCGGGAAAAAACCAGGAGACGUGAUACAGCUUAAAUGCACCGCAAAAGUUAAAAGUAUAAAUGGCCUUCCAAUCCAAAACAUUAGAUGGUGCAAGAAUAUCACUGGAAAAUUUACUGAAAUAUCGCUACAAGACCCUCCUAUUAUCGUACCAGUAUUUAGAAGCAAAGAUGGAUGCGAACAUAUACAACAAUCUGAGAUCUUUUACCACAUCAUACAAAGUGAUGUAUACCUAGAAAUUAUGUGUGAAUCGGGCUACGACAAAUACACGAGUGAAUGUGGAAAAGGAAGUGCAAAUUCGACGUUAUUCAUAAAAACAAAAACUUUGACUGAAGCAAAUGGGCAGUGGAAAGUAUCUCCCAUCUUGAUGUACGACGACAAUGGGGUUGUUGACGAACAAAAUUUCACCACUCAGGGAUUUGGAAGAACAAUUCAUUUGUUUUGCAGCGCUUCCUCGUUCACAUAUAACGGACAG